UUGGCCACACUGAGGCUUCAUUUGCAUGCCUGUCUGUAUAAACCCAUUUGCAGAGACUGCGGCUGGCUUUGCGCUGAGAGCUGCACGCCUACGGUGGAGAGAGAGAGAGAGAGAGAGGGGGGAGCGCAGAUCCAGUACGCACAGACACACGGGACGUUUAUUACUCUGAUUUGAAGUGUGAAGGUGUGUAUUACGGGGCUUUUUUUUGGGCGGAGGGGUCAAUUUUCAAGACUUAAUUGGACCCAGAGAUAUUGCUGACUUUGGGUUUUGGUGCAAAAAAAAAAACAAACAACACCACAAAAAAUGAGGGAAAGAAGGUGGCUGUUGUUGUUGGUCUCCUUGACAAGCCUGGCAGCCGUCGCAAAGGCAAAGACGGUGAAGUAUCAGACCUUCGAGGAAGACGCCCCGGGCACGGUGAUCGGUAACUUGGCCAAGGACAUCUCCGCCCCGGCGUAUUCAUCCGCGGGCUCCCGCUCCAGUUUCCGGAUGAUGAAACAGUUGAACUCGUCUUUGGUGCGUCUGAGGGAGAGCGACGGGCAGCUGAGCAUCGGCGAGAGGCUGGACAGGGAGCGCAUCUGCAAACGCGCCCCGCAGUGCCUCAUCUCUUUCGACGUGGUGAGUUUCUCCAAGGAGCAGUUCAAGCUCAUUCACGUGGAGCUGGAGGUCAAGGACAUCAACGACAACUCCCCGGCGUUCCCUCGCAAGGAGUCCACCGCCGACAUCUGGGAAAACGCCGCCGUGGGGACGCGCAUACCGCUGGACUUUGCCGCGGACGAGGACGUCGGGGCCAACUACAUUCAGAGCUACCAGAUUUCGGUGAACAGCCACUUUUCCAUCGACGUGCUGAGCAGGGCCGACGGGGUUAAAUAUGCCGAGCUGGUGCUCAUGAAAGAGCUGGACCGGGAGACCCGGGCGUCGUACGCGCUGGAAUUGGUCGCCGUGGACGGCGGCGAGCCGCCCCGCUCGGGAAGCACGCGCGUCAACGUCAAGGUGAAAGACUACAACGACAACAGCCCCGUUUUUGACCGCAACAGUUACUCCGUGGACUUGCCGGAAGAUGCCCCGGCGGGGACCCUGCUCUUGGACCUGAACGCCGAGGACCCGGACGAAGGGCCGAACGGCGAGGUGGCGUACGGCUUCGGCGACCAGGUGCCCUUGGAGAUCCGCCAACUCUUCAAAGUGGACAGAAAAAGCGGCCGGCUCACCCUGGAAAGCCCCGUCGACUUCGAGAGCAAGAACACGUACGAGUUUGACGUCCGGGCUACUGACUUGGGUCCCAACCCCAGCCCGGCCACGUGCAAAAUCGUCGUUCAGGUGCAAGACGUCAACGACAACGCGCCGGAGAUCUCCAUCGCCCCCAUGACCUCCAUCGCAGCGGGCGUGGCCUACAUCACCGAGGCGGCGGCCAAGGAUAGUUUCGUGGCCCUGGUCAGUACCUCGGACAAAGAUUCCGGAGCAAACGGCCGAGUGCACUGCACCCUCUACGGGCACGAUCACUUCAGACUGCAGCAGGCGUACCAAGACAGCUUCAUGAUCGUCAGCACCGGCCCGUUGGACCGGGAGAAAAUCCCCGAGUACAACCUGACCCUGGUGGCCGAGGACUUGGGCUCCCCACCCUUCAGAAGCGUCGCCCACUACACCGUCCGGCUGACGGACGAGAACGACAACGCGCCGGUGUUCAGCAAGCCCGCCUAUGAGGUGGCGCUGGCGGAGAACAACGCGCCCGGCGCCUACGUCACCACGGUGGCGGCGCGGGAUCCCGACUUGGGGUCGAACGGCAAGGUGACCUACAAACUGGCGGACGCCCACUUCAUGGGCUCCCCCAUUUCCACGUUCGUGUCGCUGGACCCCGCCAGCGGCUCUCUCUACGCGCUGCGGAGUUUCAACUAUGAGGUGAUGAAGCAACUGGAGCUGCGAAUCACAGCCAGCGACGGCGCCUCCCCGCCCCUCUCCGGAAGCGCCAAGGUGGUCCUGCGGGUCCUGGACCAGAACGACAACGCUCCGGCCAUCACGCACCCGCCGCUCAACAACGGCUCGGCCGAGGUCCUCCUGCCCCGGGACGCGCCGAGCGGCUACGUGGUGGCGCGGGUGGAGGCGCGGGACGCCGACGAGGGCGUCAACUCCGAGCUUUCCUUCCGGCUGGCCGCCGGCGACGCCUCCGUGUUUUCCGUCAACAAAGUCACGGGGGACGUGUCCCUGAAGCGGGCGCUGAGCCGCGACGCGGACGAGGCCUUGAGCGCCACGGUGACGGUGAGCGACAACGGCAGGCCGGCGCUCACCUCCACCGCCACGCUGCGCUUUGUCAUCAUCGCCGGGCCCCCGCCGAGCGACCGCGCCGUGUACCGGGCGGGCGGCGGGGGCCCGGCGUCCGCGCAGUGGGACCCGUCGGUGGUCAUCAUCGUCGUCUUGGCGGGGAGCUGCAGCCUCCUGCUGCUGGCCAUCAUCCUCAUCGCCACUACCUGCAACCGCCACCGGGGGGACAAGAGCGGAGAGGACGCCGACUCUUACGGGGAGGAAGGCGCGCCGGAGCGGGGCGGGAACCGCGUGGCGGUCAACCCGCUUCUGCCCCCGCCUCACCCCCACGCGGGGGCGGCGGGCUUCGAGGGACACUCGUACGGCAGCCGGGCGCACGCCGGGGGCGGCGACGCCUGCUCGGCCUCGGAGGACGGCGGCGAGGUCCCCUGCGUUUACGACUCGGACACAAACGGCAAGCCGAGAGGGAGUAAACUUGAGGGAUAUUCGACGCUGCCCGGCUACGGGAACGGCAAGGAGGCCGUGAGGCCGAUCACCAUCUGGAAGGGCAACUCUUACGCCACCAUCUCGGCCCGGGAUCCCGCCUUCAGCGGCAAAGACAGCGGCAAGGGGGACAGCGACUUCAACGACAGCGACAGCGACGUGAGCGGAGACAACGGCCUGAAGAAAGACGGCGCCUCGGUCCCACCGAUGGGCGGACCAAACGCAUUGUGGGCUUGCACCAGCGAGUGUAAGGUUCUGGGUCAUUCGGAUCGCUGUUGGAGCCCCUCAGCGGCGAGAGCCAACGCCGCCCCCUCCCCCGCCCCGACCGUCUCCUCCUUCGGCAGCCACUCCAAGACGGCCUCUUUGCCUCGGGACCCCCAGCGCAGGGACAACUACUACCAAGCGCACAUCCCCAAAACGGUGGGCCUGCAGAGCGUGUAUGAGAAGGUGCUGGACAGGGAGUACGACUAUGUCAUGAUCACGCCCGCCAGGCCUGUGAGGGUCCAGGAGGUCUGCAGCGAUGUCACCAUCCCCGUGUACGCGCCCAGUCCCACGCGCUGUAACAACGACGAUGCCUGA